CCUGGGCCGCGGGCUCCUCGGGGUCGCGGUCGCGCGUGGCCGCGGUCUCCUGGCCUGUCGCUGUCGCUGUCGCUGUCGCUGUCGCUGUCUCGGGCCGUGCGAGCCUCCCGGGCUGCACCAUGUACCACAGCAGCAGCCAGAAGCGGCACUGGACCUUUGCGAGCGAGGAGCAGCUGGCGCGCCUGCGGGCCGACGCCAACCGCAAAUUCAAGUGCAAAGCGGUGGCUAACGGGAAGGUUCUUCCAAAUGAUCCAGUGUUUCUUGAGCCUUAUGAAGAAAUGACACUUUGCAAAUACUAUGAGAAAAGAUUAUUGGAAUUCUGUUCGGUGUUUAAGCCAGCAAUGCCACGCUCUGUUGUGGGUACAGCUUGUAUGUAUUUCAAGCGUUUUUAUCUUAAUAAUUCAGUAAUGGAAUAUCACCCCCGGAUAAUAAUGCUCACUUGUGCAUUUCUAGCCUGCAAAGUAGAUGAAUUCAAUGUGUCUAGUCCUCAGUUUGUUGGAAAUCUUCGAGAGAGUCCCCUUGGACAGGAGAAGGCACUGGAACAGAUUUUGGAAUAUGAACUACUACUUAUACAGCAGCUUAAUUUUCAUCUUAUUGUCCACAAUCCUUAUCGACCAUUUGAAGGCUUUCUCAUUGAUAUAAAGACUCGAUACCCCAUGUUGGAGAAUCCAGAGAUUUUGAGGAAAACAGCUGAUGAUUUUCUUAGUAGAAUUGCGUUGACAGAUGCUUAUCUUUUAUACACACCUUCACAAAUUGCCCUGACAGCUAUUUUAUCAAGUGCCUCUAGGGCUGGAAUUACUAUGGAAAGCUAUUUAUCAGAGAGUCUAAUGCUGAGAGAAAAUAGAACUUGCCUGUCACAGUUACUGGAUAUAAUGAAAAGCAUGAGAAACCUAGUAAAAAAGUAUGAACCACCUAGGUCUGAAGAAGUUGCUGUUCUGAAACAGAAGUUGGAGCGAUGCCAUUCUGCUGACCUUGCGCUUAAUGUGGUGACGAAGAAGAGGAAAGGCUAUGAAGAUGAUGACUAUGUAUCAAAGAAACCCAAACAAGAAGAGGAGGAAUGGACUGAUGAUGACCUGGUAGACUCUCUCUAACCUUUUGAAGUCACAACGGCAGUGCUAAUGAAGCAACAGAAAUCACUAAAAUCACUAAAGUUUGGCAUCAGAGCAAGGUCUCACAUGUACCUCUGAAAAUUUUCUACUCAGCCCCAUUAAAAAAAAAUGUUUCAAAGAUUUUAUUUAUUUCACCACUAAACACCUACCUACUACUGCAGGGCCAAUGAAGGUAAGUAACAAGUUUCCCACUCCAAUUUAAGACACAAACGUCAGUAAAACACAAAAAUGGAGAUAAGUCUUUCAGAUUUCUUUUACAAUAAAUGGUAAAAAAGGAGAGUCAUGUCUGGCCAAGAAAUGGCAGAUAGGCCAUCAUGGCUGACACUCAAGUACAAUUAAUGAGGAUAAACUAAAAUGCCUUAGAGAUUGGACCUCGGCCUGCUUUUUAAAGUUCUUAUCUACAUUAACCAGUCAGUAGCCCUUCCACCUUAUAAACCAAGGAAAUGAGAUGAGUUACUAUCAUAGUGCAGCCAGGAACAGGAACUGUAAUGGGUUCCAGAGAGAAAGGGAUUACAUUGAGAACAAAAUUUUGUUUUGUUUUUGUUGUCACAGUUAACCUGAUUGAAGCUAUGUGAAGGACAGUAAAUAACCUGUAUGGCUACAUUCAGCCCUAUAUUUAAGGUAGGGAUAUCUCUCAAUGGUAACAUCAAACAUCUUUCUAAAGAAUACAUUGAGGCCUCUUCAGUUUGUUCCUCAGCAAAGGGAAAUAAACCCUUGAGUACUUAACAUCCUUCACUGUAUACAAUAUCUCUGAGGAGUGCAACCAACUGUUUUUAGAAUCUAGGCCUUCAGAAAAACAUCUUAUUGAGG